AUGAAAAACAAAUGUUUCGUUGCCUUCGAAGUAGUGGGCGAGCGGCGAGUCGGAGCGGAGCGUUUCUCAAUCCGUAGCUAUCCAAUCACCGCCACACCACACGGGGCGGGAGUGGGGAAUGUUGUGCUUCCCGGGGUUGGCAUAGACAAUCUUUUGCGUGCGUUGCGUGCGAGGGAAUGUCUAUGCCAACCCCGGGAAGCACACCAUUCACCCACUAGUGUGGGCGACGAUGGGUUGGCUUUCGAGUUUACUUUAGCUUGGGGUUGUCCUCGGUUAUGCUUUUGUGUUGGGAGUACGGCCACCAAACCUUCUCAAUGCACGGGUACGUCGGGGAUGGCUUUCGGCGGGGUUGAUGAAGAAGCUAGUCAAUUGUUGGCCACACGAACACACGUGGUGACGAUGGGUGGGCUUUGGGUGAACUUCAGCUUGGGGUUGUCUUCGGUUAUGCUUUUGUGUUGGGAGUACGGCCACCAAACCUUCUCAAUGCACGAGCAUUGCUUGUGUGUGCACGGUGCGAGCCCAAUGCACAAGCAAGUCGAGGAUGACAAUCUCAAGAGUAGCAAUGAUGCCGCAAAAUAUCGGUUGCCUUCGGAGUAG